UGUUUUAGAAGUUAGUGGGCCAGAUUCAGUCACUGAUAUUUUACAUGGGAAUCAUGCCAUAUAAUGUUUACAUUGAAGUCAUUCAUCAUCUGUGCACAUACGUAUACAUAGCUUACACAGGCUGAAUAUCCGGUUUGUAAAGUGCACCUACCUUGGACUCCCACUCUGUUUCCUCCAAGCUGCCUAUCCAGAUGACCUGAGCCAGGUAGAGGCUCACGGCUGACUGUCACAGAUGCUUGAGGUGCUUCUCGUAGGAACCUGCCCAAAUGCCGGAGGCAAUGGAGACUGUUGGGCUUUUGCUUCUUUUUACCGCGUUCGGUGCUGAAGGUUCAACUUGCCCAUUCCCGAGUCCACGGUGUUAUAAGGAAAGUACUCAAAGUGACGAAGAUUUCUAUUGUGAAUGGGAGGACCCAGACAGGUCUCAGAAUGCUGUUUACACCCUUUAUAUACAGAGCCCAUCCUCUGCUGGUUCUCCAUACCCUGCUGAUUUCCAAACUGGCAAUAAACAGUGCGUACAGGUGCCUCUGGAAUCUGUGCUUACUACAGUUCAGUCAGACAUAUGGGUACAGAAGCAAACAGAGAACAUGACUUGCAUCUCAUCCAAUACCUCUGUGAUUCUUAAUCAUUUAGUCAAAUACAGUGCCCCUAAUAUACAGAAAAACGUGAGGUCAGCUGGAAUUUUCACGCUAAGCUGGCCUGGACCGAAGGAUAAUAAAGGCGCUUUUCACGAGAUCAGAUGGAAGGACCUUUAUGGUUCAUGGCAGAAUUUUCGGACUAAGGACAAAGAAGACAAAGCUGACUGGGACUCCACCACUCUGCACUUGGAGAACCAUUUAGUGUACCAGGUCCAAGUUAGACGCAGGGCCAUUGGAUACAAUCUCUGGAGUGACUGGAGCCGUAUCGUUGGUGUUCCUGUUGAAAUUCAAAUGCCUGUUGUCCACUGGAAAGAAGAAAAGACUAAAAGGAUGAGGAGAGUUGUGCUCAAUUGGGAUGCGCCACCUCCUGAAGCCUCCUGUGGAGGUGUCACUUACAACCUGACUCUGAGGCUACCUUGUGAAACUAAAACCAAAACCACUAAGAAAACAUCUUAUAACAUGAAUGUAACUAAUUCUGAAGCCAGAGUUUCUAUCAUAGCUAUUAACAAUGUGUCGGAGUCAGCCUCUCGAGAGAUUACCAUACCGCACGUCCAACAUUUAAAAAACUGCCGCACAGAUUCAGGAACACUGCCACAGAAGAAGCGCUUCUGCUUGGAGUGGUAUAAGCUCUUAGAUGGUGAAACCCGGCCGAUACAUGUAAACACCGCGAGCAACGCUACAGUCGAGUCCAUUAAGAAAGAUAUGGAGAAAUUUGCCCGUUAUUACUACUUUGUUCACGUCAAAAAAAGCAAACAACAAUGGCACACCAAAAUCAUGUGUCCCAUUUAUUCCUCAGAAGGAGCACCUGUUGCAAGUCCACAGAAUGUCACAGUAAAUGUGACUCAUGAUUCCGCUUUGCUGUUGUGGAGACCGAUUCCAGUCCAGGACCAGCACGGGUUCCUUUUGCACUACGCAAUCUGGGUCUUGAGACAAGAUGGUGAAACAGAUUACCAUGAGGUGCCAGAGCAUCAAACUAGUUUCCAUCUCAGAAACCUCACUACAGGGUCCUCUUACACUGUCUAUAUCGCUGGGCGGACUAAAGUAGGAGAGGGGCCUAAAGCCACUGCAAACUUCUUGAUCCCGACAUCAUUUGCUGCACCCAGUAAUGUGUUAUCAAAGGUUAUCCUAAGCGUCGGCGGAGUUGUGCUUGUGCUCUCAGUUUUCUUCUCCAUUGCUCUCAGAAGGUUAAAGAGGAAGAUCUUACCCAUGGUCCCAAGCCCUGUGAUUACUGCUACAGCUUCCGAAGGUCUACAUCACCAGAAUUUGAGUGCAGCAACGGAAGAGGUACAUGAGGUGAUUCUUCUGUACCGUGAUGAUCUGGAUAAACAAAACAAAGCAAGCAUGGAACAAAGCACUAUACUGCAAGACUGCCAGCUCAGCGUCUAUGAAGAGGAGGACGAAGAGGAUGAAGGAGAUGACCAUUUCGCCAGUUCCUUUCCCAAUCCCAACUACAGAGGACAGAUGCUCAGGCUUUCUGAACCACUGGUGGCGGACAAAGGCCAAAGGGAAAAUAACUGUGAGGCCAGCACACCUUCAUACAAACAUGGCUCUGUUCUUUAA